GCACCCCCUUGUUGUGGUUUCUGACCACUUCCGAUCUCGUCGGUGUUGCCCAGUUUCGAAAAGUCGUGGCUUUUAUUGCCGAUCGGUUGAUCUCUGUGCCGUUCCGUUGACCCAGAGGCAUUAAAUACCUCGCGCGAGAAGACGCAGCAGCCGCAGCAAAUCUCUUCUCUUGUCUUCUUCUCUCCCAACUCUCUAGCGUUUGCCUUGGGCUUUGUUUUGGCUUCUUGUUGCUAUUUCUCCGUCGUUUUUCUUGUGUUUUCUGCAAUGCCGUCGUGGGGAAGGUCAGGACUGUGAGGAAGAGGGGUUUAAGAGCCAAAAGUUGUGAGCUUUGUGCAAAACGAGGGCUCGAAUAGGUCUUCGAAGUGAUAACUGCGGCCCCAGGGUUUCAAGGGCGGUACCCCCUGUUUCUGAAACCAGAAUAUUAUCUCAGCGGAAUCAUGUCUUCGCCUCUGCUAGCUCGGCAGGGUCGACAUCUGCAGCGGUAUGAGAACCAGCUUCGGCUUGUCGCAGGAUGCAUUCCUUACAAGAUAAAUGGGAACUCCAGCAAUCAAUCUGGUGAUCUGAUGAACAGAGUGGAAGUCCUCAUGAUCAGUUCACCAGGUCGACAUGACCUCAUCUUCCCAAAGGGUGGUUGGGAGAAAGAUGAAACUGCGUGUGAAGCGGCAUGCCGAGAAGCUCUGGAGGAAGCAGGUGUGAGGGGAAUCAUCAAAGGAGUUGAGCUGGGUCAUUGGGUGUUCAGAAGUAAGAGCAGACAAGGCACUUGCAGCCUGGAAGGAGCUUGCAAAGGCUAUAUGUUUGCAUUGGAGGUCACAGAGGAACUCGACUACUGGCCCGAGCAGAGUAUACAUGGCAGGAUGUGGGUCGCUUUGCCACAAGCAUUUCAACUCUGUCGAUACGAAUGGAUGCGUGAAGCCCUUUGCUUGUUCAGGAACCGCCUACUGCCUCUUCCUGAGCUACCUGAGCCAUCAAACUUCUCAAUGGUGAUGCCUGCUCCGGCUGAGCCAGCCAUAGCCUUAUGCUGAAGGCUACUCGCGACUUCAACUACAGAGUUUAGUACAUUUGAUCCAUCGAUGGUUGUCUCGCCUUCUGUUGGUGAAGCUGAGUGUUGGUUCUGAUCAGGACACUGACUUGUACGAGUUAUUGUUCUACCACUGUUAAUGAUAACAUAUCUUCACCAAUGUGUUUUUGUUAA